UGUCGUUAGGAGAGGGGAAAGACUAAAGUGAUUUCGUCGUUAAGUUGAUCACAGUACAAAACCUUCCUAGCAAUUAUGCUAAAGCUAGCUACCGAUGUCGACAUAGGUUAACGCUAAUAUUUUUUAGCGUGACUGUUUCCCCCUGAAUAAAACGGGCUUUAAAAUAAAAUGUGGCCGAGCCCUCAAAUGUUUUGCCCUGGAACAGGAAAUGGUGUCAACGUGUUGCUUCCGUCGUCUUGUUAGCAGGGGCAGCUCGCUAAGCUAGGCUAUCAGCGAAUAGCAGUCGGUGAUUACGCCCUGUUGUUUUCUGUUUCAUCUGGAACAGUUUGGGUUGUUUGAAUUGUUUUCACCGUCUCCGGGUUGUGUUUUGUAAAAGAGAAAAGUCGAGGCCCACGGACUGUUUUUCAAACAAGGGCUGCUCUUUCCCUUUUUCUCCUCCAAACGAACACUAUUGAAAGAAUAUGGCGGACGGCGGGCAUUACUACAACGAGCAUGAUGACAGAACCGCACCUUUUCGCAACAGUAAAGGCAGAGGCCACAAAGGUCGGUCAUAUGACAAAUCUCGGAGGGGCCGUCCGCGAGGCAAUCACACAGGAAGGUUUGGAGGUCCUGGACCACGGUCCAGGCUGCUUGACGAUACAGAUGGAGAUGUUACUAUGAGUGACAGUUCUCAGGACAGCAGCUCACUGAACAGAUUCAACCCAUAUGGAAGACCAUCUCGGAAAGGAGACAAACAGCAGGGUGAAGGAGGUGGAGGUGGAGGUGGAGGUGGAGGGAGAGGAGUACCAGGAGUACCAGGAGGUGGCAGCAGUAGUAUUUUCAGACGAGAUCGAGGUUUGAGAAAAAGCUCAGGCUGGUACAAAGUAACGAUACCACAUGGAAGAAAAUAUGAAAAGAAAUGGUUGAUUACAGCUCUCCAGAACAUCUGUUCAGUUCAGUACACACCUAUACAGUACCACGUUGACCAUCAGAGGGCCCAUUUCUAUUUGGACGAUUCAGCUGCUGCUAACGCUUUGCGCAGAUGUUCUCACAAGAUUACAGAUUCAGAUGGCUACAAGGUGGAAGUACACGUCAACCCAAGUUAUCCACCAUCCUUCCUGCAGUCAGACCUGAAGCCUGAGCAAUUGGAGCACCUGAAGCAAUGCAUGGCGGGACGUUUCAAUGGUUCCCAGCAAGCACUUGACUUGAGCAACAUUCGAACCGACGAAGACUUGGUGUCCAAGAACAUUGAAGUCAUCUUGAACAGGAAGACAAACAUGGAGGCUGUCAUUAAGAUUAUAGAAGAAAACAUUCCUGAGCUGGCAUGUUUGAAUCUCAGCAACAACCGUAUUCACAAACUGGAUGAUCUUACUGAUGCGGUGACCAAAGUGCCUAACCUGAAGGCACUUGACCUUUCUCAGAAUGAGUUGAAGACGGAUCGUGAGCUGGAUAAAAUAAAAGGCCUGAAGCUGGUGGAGCUGUGGCUGAGCAAAAACCCUCUCUGUGUCCACUUUAAGGAUCACGCUGCAUACAUCAGUGCUGUGCGGCAGAGGUUUCCCCGCCUCCUCAAACUGGACGGGCAUGACCUCCCACCACCCAUUGGAUUUGAUGUUGAAACUCCGACUGCAAUCCCCCCCUGCAAGGGAAGCUGCUUCGGAUCAGAUGAAAUCAAGGUUCUCAUCCUGAGGUUCUUGCAGCAGUACUACAGUAUAUACGACUCAGGGGACAGACAGCCCCUGCUGGAUGCUUACCAUGAUGGAGCUUCUUUAUCCAUCACAACACCUUACACCUCCCAGAACCCCUCCAGAAGCAGUCUGGGGGAGUACUACAAAGAUAGCAGAAACCUAAAGAGGAUCAAAGACUCCACGAUGAGAUUUAGACUGCUGAAGCACACACGACUGAACGUUGUUGCAUUCCUCAACGAGUUGCCAAAAACACAACACGACAUUGCCUCCUUCACAGUGGAUGUUAACACCUACACCAAUACACUACUGUCAUUCACAGUGAGUGGAAUCUUUAAAGAAGUUGUUGUUGAUGGGAAGUCCAGAGAAUCUACGAUGGCCUUCUCCCGGGUCUUCAUUACAGUCCCAGCAGGAAAUUCUGGUCUGUGCAUUGUCAAUGAUCAGCUUUUCAUCCGAAUGGCCACAACAGAGGAGAUCCGCAGAGCUUUUGUGGCUCCAGCCCCAACCCCAUCUUCCAGUCCCGUCCCGACCCUCACCGCACCACAGCAGGAGAUGCUCACUGCAUUCUCGCUGAAGUCGGGCAUGAAUCUGGAAUGGUCACAGAAGUGUCUACAAGACAAUGAGUGGGAUUUCAACAGAGCAGCACAGAUUUUUACACAGUUGAAGGCCGAAGGCAAGAUCCCAGAUGUUGCCUUCAUCAAAUGAAGAGUUCCAGUCAAACCUCUGUAAAAUAAAAUCACCUGUAAUUUUAUUUAAUGCCUUUUUCUUUUAUUCACCUUUAUAUCUAGAUUAAGUUCACUUGUGUUAACUAUUUUACCAGCUAAAUGGCAACUUUGACUUGAGGACUGAUGGUGAUGCUGUUUUUGUUGUCAUUGUUAUGUUACUAGGUAGUCAUUUGCAUAGACACUAGUGGAAAUGUUCACAGAAUAAAGACACAGGCUCUGGAUUUUAAUUUGUUAAUCCUAAAUUUUUGUUGUACGUUAAACAAUAAAAUAUAUUUUGGCAACCGA